AUGGAGGGCACGACGCAGGAGAAGCCGCCCAAGCGCGUGAGGUUCCGCGUGGCCUCGGGCAACAGCGGCCGCGUGCUCAAGGAGAUGUUCAAAGAUGAGGGUCCGGCGGACUCCCUGGACUCGGACUGCACCAGCAGCUCGGACGCGGACCGGGCCAGCACGCCCUCCACCAGCGGGGACGCGCACGGCGGGCACCUGCUCGGGUACCCGGGCUCCGAGCUGGACGACAGCGGGAGCGAGCCCGACGAGCUGCUGAUGUACGCCGGGGGGACCAAGGACUGGAUGUUCACCACCAAGAGGGUCAACAUCCGGAGCAAGAACGGCACCGUGAGGGGGGUCAAGCACAAGGUCAGCGCCGGGCAGACCCUGUUCGAAAACAUCUCCACCGCCAGCAGUACGGAGCUGUCCCUGGAGUUCGGUCGGAUCGUGAUCUACACCACCAGUUUCCGAGUGGUGCGGACGACCUUUGAGCGCUGCGAGCUGGUCAGGAAGAUCUUCCAGAACCACCGGGUGAAGUUCGUGGAGAAGAACAUCGCCCUGGACAGCGAGUACGGAAAGGAGCUGGAGGAGCGGUGCAGGCGUGUGGCGGAACCUCCUUCACUACCGGUCGUGUUCAUCGACGGACACUACCUUGGGGGUGCUGAGAAAAUACUCGGCAUGAAUGAAUCAGGGGAGCUGCAGGAUCUUCUGACAAAGAUCGAGAGGGUGCAGCAUCCCCAGACGUGCCAGACCUGCGGAGGCUUCGCCUUCAUCCCGUGCCCAAUGUGCCAUGGCAGCAAGAUGUCUGUGUUUCGCAACUGCUUCACGGAUUCCUUCAAAGCCCUCAAGUGCACUUCCUGCAACGAGAACGGCCUGCAGCCCUGCGCGAGCUGCAGCCAGUGAGGAAGUAACGUGCCUGAACAA